AUGGUUGGGCGGUCUGCAGCCAGACCCUCCACUGAAACAGCAACACCUGGCCAGGCUAAAUCCUCUUCCAAGAAGCCGUCUGUUGCUAAGCCAUCACCUGCGCACAACCAAAAAAAGCAGCUGCCUGCUGCUAAGCCGUUGGCUGAUGAGGCUGCCGCUACCACAAGGAAGCCCUCACCCGGUCCUUCACCCAACCCUAUCGUCAACAUAACUGGUGGUGCCUCCGGUGCUUCAUCAUCAGAUAGCUUGAUGAACACCACUUUGGACACUGAAGUACGCAGAAAGUGCGUGUCAAUCAAAUCUAGACGCAACGACCUUGCAGAUGCUAUUGGGACUAACAGUGUCUCGUUCUUCACUGGGAAGGAGAAUUUAUUGGAGGCCGAAGCACCUCGCUCGUCAAAGUGA